AUAACGAAAAAGAAGCAAUAUCAUUUCAACCUUAUCCUCCUCUUCAGACAGACAUUCACGGCGAUGGCGUCGCUUCUACUCGGAGCUCCUCCGCGAGUUAUCACCGUCCCAUCAUCUCCGAGGCUAUCAUCAUCUCACUCGGAAACUCUCGGCGUGUCUCUCUCUUGCUUCCCUCAGCAACUGUCUCUCUCCGCCUCGUCAUCAUCCAGCUCAGUUCCACUUGUGUACUGUGGCCGAGGUGACCGCAAAACAGCGAGAGGAAAGCGUUUCAAUCACUCUUUCGGGAAUGCGAGGCCAAGGAACAAGAAUAAAGGAAGAGGGCCACAGAGAGUUCCUGUCCCUCCUGCUCCACCGAGGAAGGAUAAGUUUGAGAACGACGAGAAGAUCAAAAUCGACAUCGACGAGUCCCUCUUCUCCAACUAGAGUCUUUCCUUCACUGUAAUUCUAUUCGAACAGAUGCUGCAACUUGUUAAACAUCUCCAAUUUCUCAUCUUUCUAUGAAAAAAAAUUCUGCUUUCUUGUUUACAUUGAUAAAUGUUUCGGUAAUACGAGUGAUUGAUUGAGUC